AUGGGUAAAAAGUCAAAAAUCAGGACAGUCACUAAAGUGAAAGAAAUAAUUAUCAGCUCACAUGAAAUCUCAGCUGAUUUCAGCUCAUUUCUAGGUGAAAACCCACUUAGUUUGUCAGAAAUUCAGCAAGCCAAAGAGGAAUUUAUCGAUGAAUUAAAAACUUUAUACACCAAAUGCUACGAUUUGUUCAAAGAGCUUUUACACCGCACAAAAUCAGGCCUAAGCAACAAGUCUUACUCUUUUCCAGCAGGAAUAUUGAAAAAUGAUACAAUUCCUAUAAUUUUAUGCCAAGUACAAAAAUAUGACCCAAGUAAUGAGAUCAAGCACAUCUUUUGUGCCCAUUUAGACAAUUUCAUUGGACAGCUAAUUUCUGAUAUAAAAUCAAAUUCAGGAAUAAUCAUGAGAGUUGUUUUAGAUGCGUACAAUAUUUUGGUUUAUGCAUCAAAAGAAGCCGCCAAUUUAACUAGGUGCAUUUUUGGGGAUGAUUCAAAGCCUGAGCACACUCUUUUAUCGAUUUUCGUAAAAUUUUCUAAAAUAUGAUUAUUUAUAAUAUAUUUAUUAAAAAAUAAAAAUUUGUGAUUUUUUAUCUAUGACAAGAAUGCUAUUUUAUGAGAAAUUAAGCGAUGAUAAAUUUCUCAGCCGUAUAACCCAAAGGUCUAAUUGUGAAGAUUCUUACUCCCCCUACUCUAAGAGCUGAUAAAAAAAUUCUGUUCGCUUAAUAUAUAUUUUUUUAAAAAAUUCAUAUAUAAACUUUAUAGUAAUUUUUAAUAAUAAAAAAUUGAGAAGUCAAGAUUUAUUAAAAUAUUUUUUUUUCAUAAUAAAUGUUUGGGAUUUUUUCAAUGGUUUUUCUCUCUGACAGAGGGGGAGUUAUGAAAAAGAAAAAAAUUCAUUCCCAGAAUUAGAUUUAAAAAUCAACUCAAAUACAAUUUUAGAUUAUUGAGAAAAAAUUCAGAAGGAGUCGCCUACAGAUCUUAAAAGUAAUGAUGAAAAAAAUAGUGAAGAGCCUCAAGCUGCCCAAAAGAAAAAAAAAUCAAGAAAACGCAAAAAAAAAUCCCAGGUAAAUGAAACCCUAUCAGAAGUUGAUAAAGAAAUUCAAGAAUUUGAGUUAAAGUUAUCUACAGAAAUAAAUAAUGAAAAGAAAAUCAAGCCAAAUAUAAGUCAAGGCUGGAUUGAAAAUUUACGACUACAAUUGAGUAAUAGAUGUUAA